AUGGCAGGCAACGCAGGCACUACGGAUAGAGAGCUGGCAAGAACAUUGCUUGUCGAGCUUCUCGCGUACCAGUUUGCCUUUCCAGUGAGAUGGAUUGAAACACAGGAUGAGCUUCUCAAAGAGGCCAACAAGACAUGGAAGAAGAAACUCUCAGCAAAAGACGCACUGAGCUCAACGAACCGCUCAUUCCUGUCCUCAGCCGACGACACCUCCUCAAUCUACUACAAGUACGAGGGAUCGGCCACACCAGAGCCAGCCGCAACACAAGCAGCGCCGGCCGCGGCCGCCCCUGCCUCCACCCCAGCCUCCGCACCCGCAGCAGCAGCCACUCCCGCCCCAGCCCCAGCGGCAGUAGCAGCACCAUCCGCACCCGCCGCCAUGGUCGACGACACGCCCCUCACCGCCCUCGACGUCGUCGUCGCGCUCAGCGCGCAAAAGCUCAAAAAGGCCUUCGACGAGCUGCCCCUGGACAAGUCCAUCCGCGACCUCUGCGCCGGCAAAUCGACCCUCCAAAACGAACUCAUCGGCGUGCUCGGCGCCGAAUUCGACGGCUCCCUCCCCGACGGCGCCGAGGACCUGUCGGCUUCCGCCAUCGCCGCCGCUGUCGAAGGCGCGUUUGCUGGUUCCCAUGGCAAGCAGCUGGCGGCGCUGGUCGCGCGCCUGCUGUCGGCCAAGAUGCCGGCCGGGUUCAACAGCGCAGCCGCGCUGAAGGGGCACUUGGAGGCGUACUGGGGCCUGGGCCCGCAGCGGCAGCUGGCGGUGCUGGGCUUCGCGGUCAGCGUCGAGCCGGCGGCGCGGCUGGCCAGCGUCGAGGCGGCGAAGGCGUUCGUGGACGACGUGCAAGGGGGAGGGGGAGCGGCGGAGCAGCACGCGGCGCUGAUCGAUGCCGCGACACUGGGCGCCAUCACGGCGAAGCAGGAGGAUUAUUUGAGGAGGCAGUACGAGCUGCUGUCCUCGCAGCUCGGCAUGGCUGGUGGGGAAGCGGCGAGCCGGGCGCAGCUGGACGAGCUGGAAGAGGUGCGCGAGGCGCUGGCGGCGAGGCUGCAGCGGUGGGGCGAGGAGUUUGACCAGGAGUUCUGGAACGGCAUCCAGCCGGCGUUUGAUGCCGCGAAGGAGCGGCGGUACCGGUCGGCGUGGAACUGGGCGCGGGAGGACUUGGUGCGCGUGCUGCGGGGAGGUGAGGGCGUGACGGAGGCGCAGAAGAUGCAUCUGCUUAAUCGCUGGGACAGCACGUGCCAGCUCAUCGCCCAGUUCUUCGCCAAGGUCGAGCAGCUGGCGCCAGAUGAUGUGAGCGCGACGGUGGCGCAGGAGCUGCUUGAUGCGGCGAAGGAGAGGAAGGAGGGUGCGCCGGUUUUCAGGUACACGGCGAAGCCCGUGGCGCCGCGGUCGACAGUCGAUGAUGAGGGUAUCAUCCACUACGAAGAGGUGCCAAGGGAGACUGAGUGCAAGACCUAUCCGGAACUCGUUGCCCACGGAGUGCAGGAUCCUUCGUCAGGACAGCGCGUCCCGUACGUGCACCUGUGCAAGAACGAAGCCGGCGCGUGGACCUACGACAGCACAACCACGGCAAAGCUGCUGGAAGCUCUUGUCCAGGGAACUACAACUGGGCUAAGCUUUGCAGGGAAGACUGCCUUGGUCACUGGUGCCGGGCCUGGAUCCAUUGGCGCUGAAGUGGUGCGCGGUCUGAUCGCCGGCGGCGCCCGUGUCAUCGUCACAACAUCCCGUGCCGCCUCCGCCGUGGCCGAGUUCUACAGCACCAUGUACCGCGAGCACGGAGCAGCCGGGUCAGACCUGGUGGUGCUGCCAUUCAACCAGGGCAGCGCAACGGACGUGGCGGCGCUCGUCUCACACGUCUACAACGAGGCCAGCUACGGCGGCGAUCUGGACUUCGUAGUCCCCUUCGCCGCCAUCAGCGAGACGGGCCAGGAGAUCGACCGCAUCGACGGCAAGUCGGAGCUGGCCCACCGCAUCAUGCUGAUCAACGUGCUGCGCAUGCUCGGCGCCAUCAAGCAGCAGAAGGAAGCGCGCGGCCUCGACACGCACCCGACGACGGUGGUGCUGCCGCUCUCGCCCAACCACGGCACCUUCGGCGGCGACGGCCUGUACGCCGAGUCCAAGCUCGGCCUCGAGACGCUAUUCAACCGCUUCCACAGCGAGAACUGGGGCGACUACCUCGCCGUGUGUGGCGCCGUCAUCGGCUGGACCCGCGGCACCGGCCUGAUGAGCGGGAACAACAUGGUCGCCGCGGCCAUCGAGGAGCACGGAUGCAUCACCUUCAACACGCCCGAGAUGGCCUUCAACAUCCUGGCCUUGCUGAGCCCUGCCGUCCGCGGCCUGUGCGAGCACGCGCCCGUCUACGCGGACCUCAACGGCGGCUUGCAGUUCGUGCCCGACCUGAAGCAGGCUAUCGUCGGCGCGAGGAAGCGCAUUCUGGAUGUGAGUCGCCUGUGUAAGGCGCUCGUUGCCGAACGCAAGCUGCAGGAGCAGGCUCUCCACGGCGCUGUUGCUGCACCGAAGGAAGAGACGACAGUGUCUGAUCCCCACGCCACGGUGCAGUUCGGCUAUCCCAGUCUUGCCCCCUACGAGGAGGUGCUGGCUGGAGCACCUCGUCUGCAGAACAUGAUUGACCUCAGCCGCACCGUCGUGGUUGUUGGCUACUCGGAACUGGGCCCGUGGGGAAGCGCGCGUACCAGGUGGGACAUGGAGCAAGAUGGCAAGCUAUCGUGGGCAGGCUAUGUUGAGAUGGCCUGGCUCAUGGGUCUGGUACGUUUCUGUGACGGCGAAGUCAAGGGCAAGCCGUAUGUGGGCUGGCUCGACGCAGCAACAGGAGAGCCGGUCCGCGACAUCGACUUCGAGAAGCGCUACGGCGAGCACAUCGACAAGCACGCCGGCAUCCGCAUCAUCGAGCCCGAAGGCCUCUCCGGCUACGACCCCACCUCCAAGGAACUGCUGCACGAAGUCGUCGUCGAGCAGGACCUGCCCGCCUUCGGCGCCGACAAGGCCACCGCGCAGGCAUUCAAGAAGCGCCACGGCGACGCUGUCGACAUCCGGCCUGCCGACGCCGACUCGUACACGGUGCAGGUCAAGAAGGGGGCGCACUUCCUGGUGCCCAAGGCCGUCAGCUUCGACCGACAGGUGGCGGGCCAGCUGCCGCGCGGCUGGGACCCCAAGCGCUACGGGGUGCCGGACGACAUCAUCUCACAGGUCGACCCCAUCACCAUCUACACGCUGUGCUGCGUCAACGAGGCGCUGGUGCACGCGGGCUUCAACGACCCAUUCGAGAUCUGGCAGCACAUCCACGUCUCGGAGCUGGCCAACUGCAUCGGCACCGGCUGCGGCAGCCUGCUUGCUCUACGCGCCGUCUACUGCGACCGCUACCUCGACAAAGAGGCCAAGAACGACGUGCUGCAGGAGUCGUUCAGCAACGCCAUGGACGCGUGGGCGAACAUGCUGCUGCUCUCGUCGGCCGGCCCCAUCCGCUCGCCCUCGGGCACCUGUGCCACUGCCCUCGAGUCUCUCGACAUCGCCUGUGAAGCCCUGCGCACGGGAGCGGCGAAGAUGGCCGUGGUCGGCGGCUCCGACGACUUCCAGGAGGAACUGUCGUACGAGUUCGGCAACAUGAAGGCCACCGCCAGCUCCGUGUCUGAGAUGGCCCACGGCCGCCUGCCGCGAGAGAUGUCACGCCCGAUGGCCAGCUCACGCGCUGGAUUCGUCGAGUCCGCCGGCUGCGGUGUGCAGAUUCUGAUGACGGCCGAACUGGCGCUGAAAAUCGGCGCCCCCAUCCACGCCAUCGUCGCCCACACGCAAAUGUCCGGCGACCGCAUCGGCCGCUCCGUCCCCGCGCCGGGCCAGGGCGUGCUAACAGCCGCGCGCGAAGACCCGCGCUCCGCCACCUCCCCGCUGCUCGACCUCGACUACCGCCGGCGCCACCUGGAAGACGACCUCGCCGCCAUCCGCGAAUGGCGCAAGACCCAACUGCGCCAGGCCUGCACUUCCCACAAACCCGCCUCGUCCUCCAUCCGCGCCACCAUCGACGCCGCCGCCACCGCAAAGACCCGCGCCGCCCAAUCCCUCUGGACCCACGACAUCCGCCGCCAGGACCCGGGCAUCUCGCCCCUCCGCGCCGCGCUGGCAGCCUGGGGCCUCACGGUCGACGACAUCGCGCUCGCGUCCUUCCACGGGACGUCGACGAAAGCCAACGACAAGAACGAGUCCAACGUCGUCAACGCGCAGAUGGCGCACCUCGGCCGCACGCCCGGCAACCCGCUGCUCAUUGUCGCGCAGAAGUACCUGACCGGCCACCCCAAGGGCGCGGCGGGCGCGUGGAUGCUGAACGGGUGUUUGCAGGCCAUGGCGUCGGGCGUGGUGCCGGGCAACGGGAAUGCGGAUGAUGUGGAUGGGGCGAUGAGGGGGUUUGGGCACCUCGUGUAUCCCGGGAGGAAGAAGGGGGGCUUGGUGUUGGGGGUCGCGCCGAGGUACUUGUUUGCGGCGGUUGAGAAGAGGGCGUAUGAGGAGUACUGCCAGAAGGCGGUGGUGCGCCAGCAGGUGGCGAAUCGGCGCCUUGCGGAGGGAUUCAUCGCGAACGACUUCCUCCGCGUCAAGGCGGCGCCGCCGUGGAAGCCUGAGGACGAGGCGGCUGUGCUGCUGGAUCCGCAUGCUCGCAUUGGCGUUGGCGAGGAUGGUGUGCUGGAGUUCGACCCGGCGAACCUGCAUGGUGUGGAUUCGGAUUCCGAGUCUGACAUCAGCCCGCUCGAUAGCGGGUACAACAGCGACGGCGAUGAGGAAGCCUCUGCUGGCCUGUCUCUCGCGGCAGCUGCCAGCCAGAUGGUCAAGAUGAUGGGCCCUGCGGUGCCACCGUGCGCUCUCGGCCCGUCGACGACCGUCGGCAUUGAUGUCGAGAGCGUGGCGAACAUCAACACUGAAGAUCCGGUCUUCCUCGCCCGCAACUACACCGAGGGCGAGCUGACCUACUGCAAGGCCUCGCCCGACCCGAACGCCUCGUUGGCAGGCAGGUGGGCGGCGAAGGAAGCUGUGUUCAAGAGCCUGAAUGUCUCGUCCAAGGGCGCUGGCGCGGCCAUGCGGCAGAUUGAGAUUGUGAGUGAGGACGGCAUUCCGAUUGUGAAGUUGCAUGGCGAGGCGAAGAAGGCUUUGGAGAUGCAGAAUAUCAAGGAUAUUCGGCUGAGCAUCUCCCAUUCCGACUCUGUGGCCAUCGCCAUUGCGCUGGCCUCGAGAGAGACGAACUAG